AUGUUAUUCGUCCUCCUGGUUGUGUGCAUUCUCAUGCCGAAUGUCGGCGCCAAAGUGUGCUCGAAAGUAACAGCCAACGAAUGCCUCUGCUUUGUGGAUGGAACGAAGAUGUGCUGCGCGAGGACUAUUUUUGAGGCAAUGAAAAAAUUUGGCGAACUCCAUGGCAAAGAUCUAGAAUGGAAUGAUGAUAUCGAAAAGCUUGCUAAGCGAGAUUUAGCAGUUUCGGCUCUUCCUCACAUGCCGGGAUAUGCAGAUGCAACGCUUUACAAUGAGUUUGGAACGACAACAGCAAAUAUGGAUACAAAGGUAGCCGAGACAAUAUUCCACGAUACCAAUAAACAUCGUCUUUUAAAUGCGUUCACCGAUCGACGAGUGAGCCAUAACAAAAAGAUGGGAAAUUUCAAAUACCAUCGCGAAUUGAAGCCGUGGCACGAGAAGAUGGAAAAGAAAAGACGACCUGCAUGCAGCUAA